AUGGGAAACUGUGGCACUAGAGAGGAAUCUGCUGUUGUUUCCAAUGCUCAAGUUCAGCAGCAGCCUCAAGUGCUGUUGGCAGCCGCCAUUAAAAGCGUGGACAGAAAACCUUAUCAUCACCACAAUCGGUCUAUCUCAGAUCUGAGCGAUCCUUCUUCUACGCCCCGCAACUUCGAUGACUCCGCCACUGCCAGCAACAACUCCCUCCUUUACACCCAUGUCAUCUCCUUCACUCUCUUCGAGCUUGAGACCAUUACCAAGAGUUUCCGCUCCGACUACAUCCUCGGCGAAGGUGGAUUUGGCACCGUCUACAAAGGCUACAUUGACGAGAAUGUUCGUGUCGGCCUCAAAUCUCUACCCGUUGCUGUCAAGGUUCUCAACAAGGAGGGUCUGCAGGGGCAUCGUGAGUGGCUCACGGAGGUCAAUUUUCUUGGUAAACUUCGGCACCCUAAUCUCGUUAAGCUGAUUGGAUACUGUUGCGAGGAUGAUCACCGCUUGCUUGUUUAUGAGUUCAUGUUCCGUGGAAGCCUUGAGAAUCACCUCUUUAGAAAGGCAGCAGUUCCGUUAUCUUGGGCGACCAGAAUGAUGAUUGCUCUAGGAGCCGCCAAAGGCCUUGCUUUCUUGCAUAAUUCCGAGAGGCCAGUUAUAUACAGAGACUUCAAAACCUCUAAUAUACUAUUGGACUCGGAUUAUACAGCCAAACUUUCUGAUUUUGGGCUUGCAAAAGCUGGACCACAAGGUGAUGAAACCCAUGUAUCCACUCGAGUCAUGGGCACUUAUGGCUAUGCUGCCCCCGAGUAUGUAAUGACAGGUCACCUGACUGCAAGAAGUGACGUAUACAGCUUUGGGGUAGUUCUACUGGAACUGUUGACGGGAAGGAAGUCAGUUGACAAGACUAGACCGAGCAAGGAGCAGAGCUUGGUGGAUUGGGCUCGUCCAAAGUUGAAUGAUAAGAGAAAGCUGCUUCAAAUAAUUGAUCCAAGACUGGAGAGCCAAUAUUCAGUAAGGGCAGCACAGAAAGCUUGCAGCUUGGCAUAUUAUUGCCUGAGCCAGAACCCGAAGGCAAGACCCUUGAUGGGCGAUGUGGUGGAGACUCUCGAACCCCUACAGUGCAGCAAUGAUGGGACCAAUGAAUUGUCAUCGUCAUCCUUAAAGGGAAGCAGCCUGACAAUUGGUGGUGCCCAUAGUGCAUUUGGGAUGGCUGAUUCUCAUCGAACACGCCGUAGAUAUGGCAACAACUUUGGUCCUGGUUCCAGUUGUCGGUCUCCUAGCCCAAAUUGUGCACCAGGAGGCCCUGCUACUUGCAGGGUCAGGUGA